AUGAUCCAAGAAAUUACGGAAUAUUCCCUGCCUCACGACCCCAAAACGAUUCUCCUGCGAUCACUACCUGAAGCUACCCCCAAACCAGCUAAAAAAAAUGAUAUUCCUUAUACUGAGCACAGUCUCCACCCUCAUAGCCAGAAAUUGGAAGACCUCAAACCUCCCCUCAAUCCAGGAAAUCACCGCCUUGAUGUCAACAACAGUGGACUACGAACUCCGAAUGUGGCACCUAUUGAAAAUCGGAAAGUUGAGUCCAUCCAUCGCCGAGACGUGGCGAACCUACCUUUCGACAAGGAUCCCACCAACACAACCCCCUUAGCCUAA